GUUUCGGCUCCCGCGGCGACCGGCGUGGCGCGGCGCGAUGCUGACCAAGUUCGAGACCAAGUCGAACCGCGUCAAGGGCCUCGCAUUCCACUCGAGCCGGCCGUGGGUGCUCGCGUCGCUGCACAAUGGCGUCGUGCAGCUGUGGGACUUUCGGAUGGGGACGCUGAUCGACCGGUUUGAUGAGCACGACGGGCCGGUGCGCGGGGUGUGCUUCCACCAGAGCCAGCCGCUCUUCGUCACCGGCGGCGACGACUACAAGAUCAAGGUUUGGAACUACAAGCUGCGGCGCUGCCUGUUUUCGCUGCUCGGCCACCUCGACUACAUCCGCACCGUGCAGUUCCACGUGGAGCACCCGUGGAUCGUGUCGGCGUCGGACGACCAGACGAUCCGCAUCUGGAACUGGCAGCAGCGCUCGUGCGUCUCCGUCCUCACCGGCCACAACCACUACGUCAUGUGCGCGCAGUUCCACGUCAAGGACGACCUGGUGCUGUCCGCCUCGCUCGACCAGACGGUGCGUGUGUGGGACAUCGGCGGGCUGCGCAAAAAGACGCUGCCCGAGACGGUCACGCCAGAGGAGCGUAGCGCCAUGGGGCCGCCCAUGCCCGACCCCGCCGGCAGCAGCCCCGGAGGGUCGCUCUCGAGCAAGCUCGGCAAGGCGAUCCCAAACAUGAAGGUCGAGGACCUCUUCGGAGGCAACGACGCGACGGUCAAGUACGUUCUCGAGGGGCACGACCGCGGCGUCAACUGGGCCUCCUUCCACUCCACCCUCCCGCUCAUCGUCUCUGGCGCCGACGACCGGCAGGUCAAGCUCUGGCGGAUGAACGAGACCAAGGCGUGGGAGGUUGACACGCUGCGCGGCCACAUCAACAACGUCUCGUGCGCCCUCUUCCACCCAAAGCAGGAGCUCAUCAUCUCAAACUCGGAGGACAAGUCGAUCCGCGUGUGGGACAUGUCCAAGCGGCAGGGCGUGCAGACCUUCCGCCGCGAGCACGACCGCUUCUGGAUCCUCGCCGUGCACCAGGAGUCCAACUUGCUCGCCGCGGGCCAUGACGGCGGCAUGAUCGUCUUCAAGCUCGAGCGCGAGCGGCCGGCCUUCACUCCAAUCUCCGGUGGCGUGCUCUUCGUCAAGGACCGGUACGUGCGCUCGUUCGACUACGGCUCCGGCAAGGACACGGCGCUCAUGUCGAUCCGCCGCUCGGGCAACUCGGGCGGCCCCGCCGUCCACUACAAUGAGCAGGAGAACAUGCUGCUCGUCUGCCACGACACCGACGGUGGCUCCUACGAGCUCUACUCGGUGCCGCGCGACGGCCGCUCGUCGGACCAGUCGCAGGAGUGCAAGCGCGGUGCGGGCAGCUCUGCCGUGUUUGUCGCGCGGCAGCGCUUCGCCGUGCUGGACAAGAACCGGCAGAUCCUGAUCAAGAACUUCCAGAAUGAGGUGACGAAGAAGUGCGCACCGCCGCACGCUUCGACCGACUGCCUCUUCCCCGUGGGCACCGGCAUGCUGCUGCUGCGCUCCGAGGAGCGCAUCUCGCUCUUUGACGUGCAGCAGCGCAAGGCGGUUGCCGAGCUGUCGACGCCCGCCGUCAAGUACGUGGUCUGGUCGCCCGACAACUCUCACGUCGCCCUGCUCUCGAAGCACGGCGUCGUCAUCGCAAACAAGAAGCUCGAGCAGCUCUGCAUGGUGCACGAGACGAUCCGGAUCAAGUCGGGCGCGUGGGACGGCAACGAGGUGUUCGUCUACUCGACCCUCAACCACAUCAAGUACUGCCUCAUCAACGGCGAUUCGGGCAUCAUCCGCACGCUCGACGUGCCCGUCUACAUCUCGCGCGUCUCUGGCGGCACCGUGCACUGCCUCGACCGGGAGGGCAAGGUGCGCAAGAUGGUGGUUGACGUGACCGAGUGCCAGUUUAAGCUCUCGCUGCACAAGAAGGAGUUUGAGCGCGUGAUCCGCAUCAUUAAGCAGUCGCGCCUCUCGGGCCACGCCAUCAUCGCCUACCUGCAGAAGAAAGGCUUCCCGCAGGUCGCCCUCCACUUUGUCUCGGACGAGCAGACGCGCUUCAACCUGGCCGUCGAGUGCGGCAACGUCGACAUUGCGCUGCAGGCGGCGCAGGCGCUCGACUCGAAGGAGAACUGGCACCGGCUGGGCGCCGAGGCGCUCAAGCACGGCAACCACCAGGUGGUGGAGAUGGCCUACCAGCGCACCAAGGACAUGGAGAAGCUCUCCUUCCUCUACCUGAUGACGGGCAACAUCGACAAGCUCAAAAAGAUGCUCAAGAUCGCGGAGAUGCGCUCCGACGUGAUGGGGCGCUUCCACAACGCGCUCUACCUCGGCGACGUGCCCGAGCGCGUCAAGCUGCUCGUUGAGGCGGGCCACAUCCCGCUCGCCUACAUCACGGCCCUCACGUACGGCCUCACCGAGCAGGCCGAGGCCCUCUCGCAGCAGCUCACCGCGGCCGGGCUCCCGCUACCCGAGCCGCUCUCGCCCGCGCCGAAGAUGCUCUACCCCGCGCUGCCCAUCUCUCGCGACAGCAACUGGCCGCUCCUCACCGUCUCAAAGGGCACCUUCGAGCGCACGCUCGCCGGCGGCGGCGGCGGCGGCGCCACCGCCGACUCGGGCUUGGGCGACGCGGGGCUCGACCUUGACGACAUGGACGGCGGCGGCGGGUGGGGGGACGACGACCUCGACCUGGACGGCACCGGCGGCGGCGGCGGCGGCGGCGGCGGCGACCCGCUCGGCGACGACGCGGACCCGCUGGGGGGCGAGGGCGCGGAUGGGGACGGGUGGGGGACGGAGGAGCUGGACCUGGGCGACCUGCCGGGCGGCAGCGAGCGCGCGUCGAUGGGCGGCGGGUACUACGUCGCGCCAAACGUGGGGAUGCCGCUGACGACGCGCUGGUCGCGCGAGUCGCGCCUCGCGGCGGACCACGCCGCCGCCGGCUCUUUCGAGUCGGCGAUGCAGCUGUUGCAGCGCCAGUUUGGGCUCGCGCGGCUCGAGCCGCUGCGGGGCGCCUUCCUCGCGCUCGCCGCAUCGUCGCAGUCGGUGCUCGCGCCGGCGCCGUCGCUGCCGUCGCUGCAGGCGCCGCUCACCCGGCCGGGCGGCUGGCCGUGCGUGUGCAUCAGCCUCGGCUCGCUCGUCGAGAAGCUCAAGGCGGCGUACGGACUCGUCACCGGGGGCAAGUUUGCCGAGGCGCUCGACGCCUUCAAGAGCAUCAUGGGGAGCAUCGCCCUCGCGCUGGCGCUGUCGCGGCAGCAGGUGGCGGAGCUCAAGGAGCUGCUCGGCAUCUGCCGCGAGUACAUCACCGGCCUCCGCCUCGAGCUCCUCCGCCGCACCCUCGGCGCCGACGAAAAGGUGCGCGCGUGCGAGCUCGCCGCCUACUUCACGCACUGCAACCUGCAGCCGGCCCACAUGAUCCUCGCGCUCCGCUCGGCGAUGAACAUCUCGUGGAAGGCCAAGCUCAAGCGCUCCGCCGCCGCCUUUGCGCGCCGGCUCCUCGAGCUCAACCCGAAGCCCGAAUUCGCGCAGACGGCGCGCAAGGUGAUCCAGGCUUGCGAGUCGGAUUUGACCGAUGACUUCACUAUGGCGUACGACGAGCGCAACCCGUUUGUCGUGUGCAACAAGUCGUUUGUGCCCAUUUACCGCGGCUCGGAGAUCGCCUACUCCUCGUUCUGCAGGGCGCCCUACCUGCCUAAGUUCAAGGGCGCCGUGUGCGAGGUUGACGGGAUUGGCCAGGUCGGCGGCGAGGGGACUGGAUUCAGCGAGGUAGACGCCGACGGCAAGUUUCUCUCCUGAGUACACGGGCGGGACUCGGGCUGCCCCACGGCGACUGGAAGCCUGAAGAGUCAACCCCCUCAGGAGAGGGUGCACUGCGCUCAGCACAGCCCUUUAUGUGUGUGUCGGGCGUCGGGUCGCGCCAUGAUAUAUAACUGGGAGGAGAGCGUUCUC